CUGUUACUAUGGUGACACGCCAAACAUUAGCUCAGGCUAAUUACACCGUCUGAGUCGUGCGACAGAAAUUGGCAGUAAAACGGAACUCACCAGAGUAAUUACUCGACACGAUGUCCUUAUCCUUAUCGAAGAUUCAGAGCCUGAGAACAGUGGCUGCACUGGAAGACUGCGUUCACCAGUUGGACUUACUGGGACAUUCCCUGUCGGUGCAGAUCAGCAGGGAGCGAGGCUCCACAUCCACACAGGAGAAAGACAGGCUGGUGCAGCUCAAAGCAGAAUGUCAGUUCAUCGACCAUCACGUCACCAAGCUGUGCUGUGAGCUGGAGGACACCCAGAGUUUUGAGUCAAUUCCUCAGGCCAUGGAGGAGGAUGAGGCACAGAAAGCAGCCAGGAAGAAAAGGUUCAACGCUGCCAGUAUUUCCACGAAUAAAUGUUUUAUUUUUGUGAAUCUUAUGUGGUGUGUCUCCCCACCCAGAGAGGAUGAAAAAAAGCGGAAAGAGAGAGAACAGGCUCUGCUGAUACUACAGCAGGAAAUCGAGGACAAAAAGGAUCAAAUCCACAAAAUGUACCUCCUUUUGAAUGACCUGGAAGAAGAAACAUCGAAACUGCAGAAUAAAAAGAAGACAAAAACCACGGUCCUGUUCCCACAAAUAGUCAAAGAGACGUGGCAGAAGGCUCAACUUUUGGACCAGCUGGAGCUUAUGCAGAAGCAGAUGGAAGAAGAGACGAGAUUUCACAAGGAGACUGUGACGUUCCUCCAGGUUCAGUACGAGGAGUUUCAACAGAGGCUGCACAAGUGGAAGCAGCAAACCAAGAAGAUGCAGCAGGAAAAGCAGAGCAAGCUGGAUAACCUGGGCUGCAAAAGAACUUUGAACAUAGACAAGCUGAUGGAGAUGAGGAGGAUGUUUAAGGAGAUGGAGCGGGUGGUGCUGCAGGACAAGAAGAACCAGGACUUGCAAAGCCAACUGGAGGAGAAAGCUGUAGCCGCCACAACGCUCCAGGCCUACUGGAGGGGCACCAUGGUCCGCAGAGGCCUCGGCCCCUACAAGAAGGUAGAGGAGAAGAAAGGCAAGAAGAAGAAAGGGAAGAAGAAGAAGUGACUUUUUUUCUUCCACCGCCAU